GCACUUUAACUGUAGCGUUUAGUUUGAGUUUAGAUUUUAAAUCUUUACGUUACGUCCAGCGUUAGAAAAUGUAUUUCGGUUGUUGCAUGCGGUAGCGCAAAGAGAGUGUUUUUACUGUGAUCCACUGAAUCUGAACGGCAAAUUGAAACAGAUUACAACAGAGUAGUGAAGUGCGCGUGGAGAUUGAAGCAGUGGCGGUUAAAGCCAAAUGCUACUCACUGCAGCAGUAAUCUGGGAGUUGUAAAGUUAUACUUUAGGUAUCACAUGUGUUUGGUAAUUCUGCGUUUGAACAGAGGUUGCUGCAGGCAGUUUGGUCGGUGGAAAUGUCAACCAGUCAAAUGAGCACUGAAACUGCUGCCCUAAUGUCCGCCCCGGUGGUACGUUAGAAAUUCCGCCUCUGGGUCGAGAGAAACAGGAUCGAACCAGGGUCUGGUCACACGGAAGACUUUAAAAAUUGUACAUGUUGCUGCCUUGGUUGACUGAGAGGUUAGAGCAAGAAAACACGACUGGUUGGCUCCAGUGAAUAUAACGUGACUGGGUGGGAUGUCUAUGUCUGGUGUCUUUGGUGAUGCAUCAGUGGAAGCGGCACUUUGCAGUGUUGACUCACCCUGCCACAAGAAGACAAAGUAUAUGUACACACAGCUAAUUACUUCUUGCUGUCAUAUGACAGAGAAAUUGUUAAGUCAUGACAAGUUGCUGAUUCAAACUGAGGACUAGCUGACAUUCAUCAUGCCUACAGUUAUUGCCCUGGACGUAUCUCUCUCCAUGAACCGACCAGUUCCAAUGGCGGACUGUACUGAGGAAUACCAGCGCCGUCAUCUGGCUAUACAUGGUAUCAACUCAUUACUGGACUACAUGAGCACUAACUACAAGCUGGAAUUCACCUCAAUGGUAAUCUUCUCCUACCUGUGGGAACAGCUUGUCAGUUUUACACGAGAUUACGAGACAAUAAAAACAGCCCUGGCUCAUGUGGAAGGGUACAACAAAACGUGCUUGGAGACCACUCUGAGUGGGAUUGCCUCUCUGAUUUCAGAUGAAUGGGGCAGUACAACCAGCUCACAGGUUAUUCUGGUCACCGACGGUAAUGCGGGAACAGGACCUGGGUCACUUCGUCAUUCUCUAAACAGCCUGGCGAAUAAGGAAUCCAGGGGCCCUGAAGAGAAAUUCCCUCUACCCUUUGCCUUUCCCUGUAAACUUCAUGUCGUGUGUAUCUCCAAUCCUGGAGAUGGAGAGCUAAACUCCUCCCUGCCACUCUACCAGCAGCUGAUUGAUAUGAAUGGGCGUGGCGGGGAGGUUUUUGUUCCCGAGGGUCAGCUAAGCCUCAGAUCUGUCCAGCAGGUCUUUUUAAGGCUGGGAGAAACCUAUUACACACCGUACUACGGCUUACUGCGUUGCGGAAACCUUAAGUGUCAAGUCAACUUGUUCCCUCCCCCAGAAACCUACGUAGGAGAAACAGAGUUUACAAAAAUUCAGCAGACUGUAUCAGAUGAGUUAAGUAUCAUAGGAUUCCUGGACAUAGCAGACAUUGCCAGUCCACAAAUUGUCUCUCGCCAUCUGGUGGUACCAUCCUCCUCACAGCGCAAAGAAAAAUCUGCUGAGGAAAAUGGAAAUGCAGGGGAAAGCAAAGAUACAGAUGAGGAACUGAACACCUCCAGCUCCCGGCCUGAGGAUGGAAAGACACCGUCCUUUACAGUCUUGCUACACGGCAGCCUUAAGGUGGAGGGUAUGGUGGCUUUAACCAAACUAAGUGAGAACUGGUUUGGAAUACUUUACUCUUGGGCAGACAGCAAGAAAAAGUCUAACUUAAUGCUUUCCUUGUUAGAGCCAGGGGCUGAGGCCUUAAGUUGGUUAGGUAACAUGAACCAUCUUGGCCCCUCGUCAGACUUUAGUGUCCCACCCUACGGGGAAGAUGAUGUUGUGCGUAGUCCGUUUCCUGUUCGACCCCAGGAUAAGAGGAGCUAUGCGCAAAGCUGUGUUGUUUGGAUAAAACCUUCAGGAUUACAGGCAGAUCUACAGAAGGUUCUUCGCCAUGCAAGGAAGCUACCAGACAAGCAACAACAGUUUUAUAAGGAAUUAAACAGGAUAAGAAGAGCAGCCCUGUCCUUUGGAUUCGUGGAGUUACUUGAUGCCAUGGCAAAUAUGCUGGACAGAGAGUGCACAAUAUUACCCCAUACCACCCAUCCAGAUGCCGCUCUGCAGCUUACCCAUGUAGCUAACAUUCUGCGAAGUGAUAUGGCACGGGACAUUGCCCAACCCAUCAUGCCUCUAAGGACUAACUUCUCAGCUGAUGAUCAGUAAUGAGAAUCUAAUAUUCUGUGGCAUGAUAAGCCAUGACAUUGUCUGAACCCGUAUGCCUGUGAAGACUAAUUCUCAAUUGAGGGUCAGUAAUGAGAAUAUACCAUUAUGAUAGUGAUAUGGCAUGUGACAUUGUCUAAAUCUGUAUGCCUGUGAAGAGUAACUUCUCAUAUGAUGGACAGUAAUGAGAAUCCAGCAUUAUACUGAGCGAUAUGGGAUGUGACAUUGUCUAAAUAUGUAUGCCUGUGAAGAGUAACUUCUCAUAUGAUGGACAGUAAUGAGAAUCUGGCAUUCUGCAAAGGCUGGGGAAUUGCACAAAGCAUUAUGUCGCUGAGUGUCUGACCUUACCAGUUAAGGGAGCUUGUUGUCCAAAUAUGGUAAAUAUGCCAAGGCACUGUGCAGAGCAAGAGAUUGAUAUGUGAAGGAAACGCUUGAUACUCUGGACUUGUCACUUCUGUGACAUGAUGAACCUUGGAAAUUGAGGUAAAAAGCCAGUUCACCUCAGAUACAGGUACAUGAGUUUACAAGGCCAAUGUGGGACCAUUGUGGUAGAAAUCAUACACACAUAAUUUUAACGGGAUAAUGUGUUAUGUUGAAUGAAAGUAUGACAUCUUGUCAUUAUUUCGUCACUGUUGGGUCAGAAUGAAGAUAUUAAGAGUUUCCUGGAAAUUCCUGGUGCACAUAUGGUAAUGAUAAGGCUCUGUACUGUCUUACAUGCACAUCUUGCUAAAAUAUGUAGUGUAUGUAUCAAACAUGCGUCAAGAAUGCAAUAAAAUGUUAAGGAGCUACUAUGGACAAUUUACCGAUAAACAUCCCCACAGGUGAUACACUAAACUACAGAUAUUACACACCAUAUUAAUGAAAGACGUGACAAUCGACUCAGAUCAGAAAAUCGGGAGACUGGAUAUCAUGUCUGUUGUUUUCAACGUGAUACGUGAUACUUAAGUUGAGAUUGCAUUUUGGUGGCAUGGUCUUACCCUGCCACAAGAUGACACAGUAUAAAGUCUCAAAAGAGACAAAACAAAGGAAACCAUCUCAAAUUUCUACAUUGUUGUAUUCCAACUUUGGUUCUCAUCAGGAAUACGGAUACACGUAAAAAGUGCAUUUCUAGAAGAAAAUGGAGGUAAUAAAUUAGCAGUUUGGUGCUGAAACUUAUUGGGGAAUAUGUUUCUACCUUCCAAAACACAUUUCUCGGACCAAGACACCUCUCAGAAUUGGGCAAAAAGAAUGUGUAAUUUAUCUAAUAGAUAUGUUAUGGUUUUUUAACUUCUUUUGUUUUAUGUAGUUACUCAGUUUGGCACAAUGCUGCAAGCCCCGAUUUAGAAUAGACAACUAUUUAUUUGAUUGGUGAUUUAUGCCAUACUCAAGAAUAUUUGACUUAUGCGAUGGCGGCAAGAAUUAUGGUGAGGGAAAACUGACUUCCAUCCAAAGGCUCAUAGCUAUUUAAACAUUAACAAACACAUAAGCAAUACCAUGUGGCAAUGGUAAUAAUUUAUUCUUAUAAGUACAAUUUUUUUCCACAAAACCGUGGAAGUAUCAACACAUACUUCAGAUGUAGAAAAUAAGUUAAUGCUUUCAUCAUGUAGUACACAUAUCUUUCUCAUAUUAUUGACAUCUGACUACUACUUUGCAAAGAUAAGUGCAAAAGUUACCACGUGGUGAAUUGAUUUGUAACAAUAUUCAAGUCAUGUUUACAUGGUUUUUUUUUUUUUUUUUGAUUGGUGUUUUACGCCGUACUCAAGAAUAUUUCACUUAUAUGACGGCGGCCAGCAUUAUGGUGGGUGGAAACCGGGAAGAACCCGGGGGAAACCCACGACCAUCCGCAGGUAGCUGACAGACCUUCCCACAUACGGCCGAAGAGAAAGCCAGCAUGAGCUGGACUUGAACUCACAGCGACCGCAUUGGUGAGAGACUCCUGGGUCAUUACACUGCGCUAGCGUGCUAACCAACUGAGCCACGGAGGCCCCAUGUUUACAUGUGACCAGAUUUUCUAUAAAUACAGCUGUUAUAGUUGAUUAUUCAUCAGCGCUCAACUCUGACCAGCAUGCAGUUGGUGCUGCCAGCGUUGGACAAUAUAUGUGCAAAAUAUAUUCAGUGGGUGAUCUGGCAGAGAACUACAUUGUAUAUCACACUGUAUGUGAGUGAACAUCAAAGCUGCA